UCAGUGGUUUAAUGUCUUCUCUGUGGAAAAAAUAACCCUGUAAGAUGUGAUUUUUUGUGAGAUUGAACAGAUUUUUUAGUGUAAAUCUAAAUCACAAGUUCAAAUCUUUGAUGUGAUGUUAUUUCUGUCUCUGACCCGCCGCCUGUCUCUCUGUUUCCCGUACAGAGUGGAGGUGGAGGCAGCCGGCUGUUCAGGCCUGUUCUGUGUGUUUUCUAUUUUCUCUCCUCUGUGUUUCUGCAGCUGCUGCCUGUCACUCAGUCUCAGUCUUCUGGCAGAAGGUCGGUGGGUAAAAGGACGCCGGACUUCUCACCUCCAGUCAGCCAUGAAGCUUCAGUGUGCCGCUUUGGGCGCCGUGUUCCUGCUCUUUCUGCUCUCAUCUGAGUGCUGGGGCAGGAACGAGGAGGAGCGUCUGAUCAACUACCUGAUUAAAGAGCGAGGAUACAACAAAGAGCUGCGUCCAGUUAAGAGGCAGCAGGACGCCGUCGACGUUUAUCUUGCGCUCACUCUCUCCAACCUCAUCUCUCUGAAAGAAGUAGACGAGACACUGCUGACGAAUGUUUGGAUAGAUCAUACGUGGAACGACUACCGGCUCUCCUGGAAUACGACAGAGUUUGACGGCAUCGAUAUGCUUCGUCUGCCCACCAGCAUGGUGUGGCUGCCGGAGAUUGUGCUGGAAAACAAUAACGACGCCCAGUUCCAGGUGGCCUACUACAGUAACGUACUGGUGGAUAGUACUGGUCUGUGCUACUGGUUACCUCCCGCCAUCUUCCGCUCAUCUUGCUCCAUAAACGUCAACUACUUCCCCUUCGACUGGCAGAACUGCACACUCAAAUUCACCUCUCUGACCUACAAUGCAAAAGAGAUCAGUAUGCUGCUGAAGACAGAAAACCACUUGACAGACGAAAACAAGAAAUGGGAGGUUGAAUGGAUCAUCAUUGACCCUGAAGGCUUUACUGAGAACGGCGAGUGGGAGAUCAUCCACCGUCCGGCCAAGAGAAACACCUACAAGCACAUUCCCAUGGAGAGCAACAAGCAUCAGGACAUCACCUUCUACCUGAUCAUCAAACGCAAACCUCUCUUCUACAUCGUCAACAUCAUCAUUCCCUGCGUGCUCAUCUCCUUCCUGGCCUCGCUGGUCUACUACCUGCCUGCUGACAGUGGUGAGAAGAUGACCUUGUCCAUCUCAGUGCUACUGGCUCAGUCUGUCUUCCUGCUGCUGAUCUCUCAAAGGCUGCCGGAGACGUCCAUGUCUGUUCCACUUAUUGUCAAAUAUUUGAUGUUCAUCAUGGUGCUGGUGACGGUGGUGGUGUUGAACUGUGUGGUUGUCCUCAACCUGCACUUCAGGACACCGAGCACACACGUCAUGUCUGACUGGACCAAGAGGUUCUUCCUUGAGCGGUUGCCGCGCAUCCUGCGUAUGUCCCGCCCUGAAGAGGCGGAGCCAUACUGGGAUGGAGCGUUGCCACGGCGAUCCAGCUCAGUGGGCUACAUCACCUCGGCAGAGGAGUACUACAGCGUCAAGUCCCGCAGCGAGCUGAUGUUCGAGAAACAGUCGGAGAGACACGGACUGAUGACGCGAACCACACACGCAUCAGUUGUGAAGCCACAGGAAGAUGGAGGUGUGACGGACCAGCUGUAUGCAGAGAUUAAGCCGGCUGUGGACGGAGCAAACUACAUCAUCAAACACAUGCGCAACAAGAACGACUACAACGAGGAGAAAGAUAACUGGAGUGGUAUCGCUCGUACGGUGGACCGUCUCUGCCUCUUCCUGGUUACCCCAGUGAUGACCAUCGGCACCAUCAUCAUCUUCCUGAUGGGAAUCUGUAACCACCCUCCACAUCUGCCCUUUAAAGGAGACACAUACGACUACAGAGAGGAAAACCCACGCCUGCUGUGACACACAACACAGGCACAAUACUCUCCAGUGUUUCCCAUACGUUCAGUUAUUUGUGGUGUCAAUAUCAACGCUGACCGCCACAGAUGGAUUUUGUUUUUUUUUACUAGGCCUAUUUAAAAUUGUAUUUGAUUGCAGAGCACAGUAGCGCAUUUGCGCUGCACAUUCUCAACAUUCUGCUUGUCGCUUCUUCAUUAUAUUUGUGUGACAACUUUUUCAGGUACACAGCUGUGUGGGUGUGUUUUCUUAAAUGUGAAAUGAAUAACUACAUCAGUAUGUUACAGUUUUGAUUUGAUUAGCGUGGUUUGAAUAAACAUUUACACUUCGUUCUGACUCUCAUAUAUAAGAAUACAUCAUUCAGGUUU